AUGCUUCUCUUAGUCUCUUGCUUGGCACUCUUGUCCACAGCCUCAGCAGCCAUCACCUGUGCCCUCCCAGCAGGGGGAACCUACAAAGCCGGUGAUGGUGUCAUCCUAGACUGGGGGUCUGACGGAAUCUCUCCUGUCGUCAAAGACAUUGUCGCUGUUAACGGUACACUCUACUGCAACAGCGGCAACUUCAAGGUGGUCGAGUUCCCCAUCCCGUCCCUCACGGGAGCAUACAACUAUACACUGCCUAGCGUGGGCAAUGCAACGACCGUCGGUGGCACUAUAGGAGAAUGUGCUCAAAACGCCUUCCAUAUGGAGUACUCGGGAACGGCAAACGGGUUUCUGGGGAUCUCGAAAAUCCCGUGGGGUCCCGUCCAGUGCGGGACGAUUACUAUCUUGCCUGCGCCCAAUGGAACUGUUACGACGACGACCACAACCACGACCAUGUCUGCGACUUCGACAACAACACCUACUUCGACACCUGACGAUAAUAGCAGUGGGGGACUGUCGACAACCAUUAUUGUUGUCAUUGCAGUGAAGAGACGCCAGCGCAAGCUGAACAAUGCCUUCUUGCCCUGGAACGCAAACAGCAACAACAAUAACGGAAGCGGGAUCAACAACAGCAAUAAUCGAUUCUCAAAGAUCUCCACCAUGGACGAUGGCCUCGGUUCGGAAUAUCCUGAGGGGACGUCUGGGUCAGGAGCUGGGGCCAAUAGGAUGAGCGGUAUCACAGCUAUAGGAGGCGGUUCAGCAGCUGGAGGACUAACAGGAAAAGGUUAUCCACUCAAACCCCCUCGCCCCCCACGGCCUCAAACCCCUUCUCUCAGUCUGAACUACUUUGGCGAUGAGAGAGCCUAUAACGACUAUGGAUACCAACAACAAGAACUCCUUGACCAACAGCAGCAGCAGCAAGGGCAGCAAGAGUUCCAGCAAGGAUAUGAGAAGUAUGGUGAGGCGGACGCCUACUAUAACCCUUACUAUGCCUCGGGAGUCACGGCUGCCACUACCACCGCCAUAGACCACAACACUCUUUCCUACUACAGUCAAGCCUCAGGCAGCGACACGGUGGCAGCAGGAGCCCAUGGGUCUCCGUACGGUGCUCAGGACCCUUACCUGACCUCGUCAGACCUCUACCUUCACCAACAAAUACAACAGCAACAGCAGGAGCACCAGCGUCAGCAACAACACCAGCCACCAGGGGGGCGUGGAUAUAUCCCACCUCCACCAACGAUCCCCCUUCCACCACUAACGCCACCACCACUACGGAGUUCUGGGCUCAACUCUCUUCCGAUCGUCAGCUUUGCGGCACGGAAUCCGGCCGGCACACCUGCCAAGGGUCAAGACUCUGGCGCGAUCGGCUCUUCUCCAAAUCGCGGACCGCAAGUCGUGAGAGAGGAGAUGGGACGCAAGGAGGCUGAGGCGGAUGAUGUAUCAUUACAGGACGUUACCUCCGACUCAAAGGUGGAAGUGGCGUAA